AUGGCACGUGAAAGAAGGGGUUCCUAUAAGAGCGGAUACUGGAUAUGGGACGAAAUGGGUGACGAGUUAUUAUUCGUUAGCCGAGAUUCCACGGGGUACGGAAAAGCCGCUCUGCCUACCACAGCAUCGAUUAUGUCCCAAAUCACAACUCAACAUCAACGACAAACAGCCGUUUCCUUUAAAGACACUGUUGGGACCAUCGGCCAACUAGAAUUUCGAAAAAUAUACCAAAGAAAAGUGAAGCUGACAGAACCUGAUGUCGUGACCAUUCAAGAUAUUAAAGACGUGGUCAUCUUUACCUGUGACGUGACGGGCUUGACCCCCGAAUUCAUCAGUUAUUUCCACUCCGAGGCAAUGGAUCGCUUCCUGAGGUCUUUGAUAAUAUACUUCCAGUACUACUUUCAGGUUUGGAAUGCUCUGCAGCUACGCAGAAAAGAGGCGAAACGUAAACUGAGACAACCGAUCGUAACGCUCUUAGAAAAUCGAGUCCGGGAUGAUCUCUCCGACAUGCGCAGCAUGGUGGCUAGAGAUUACGCUAUUAUUCUCUUGGGUAUCGGCGAUGCGAAGAAGUUCCAUCACAUGAACAACCAAAACAACGAGUCGUUUUCGGACAGAGAUAGAAGGCUUUUCGAACCACUUGUGUUAAUGGCGACGAGAGUGGUUUGGAUUGCACUGUGCAGGAGAUACCUGUCACUUAUCGAAAAAGAGCUGAACAGACUGUUAAGGACUAAAGUAUUCAGUCCAUACGAGCACAAACUUGUGAAAAACGCGGCAUUCAAUACCACCCCGGAAGAAGACAGAAUCCUCAUGGGCAAAGCUUGCAGGUUCGAGCAGAAGCUCCUGCAUAGGUCCCCGGCUAUUCAGGAAAUCAUUUUGGACAAUCACGACUACAGAAUGCUGUCUAUCGGAGUUACCGACAUCCACUGUGACGACAGGCGACAGGUCUUCCUAGAAGCGGCUUAUUCAGCGCCAGAGGAGCAGCUGGAGAAAUUGCAAGUGCCCGUCGGUAUUCUAGGAAUACCCCGGAAAUAUUUCGACCCGAUGUUGAAGCCUAGGGAACUGUCAACCACCAGGAGGAUGAGCACCAUGAGGGCCAUACCGGACUUCAUUUUGCCACCCUUGUUCCCAUACGAUACAAAGUCGGACACGCUACCAAAAGGGCCAACGAAGUAUCAGGAGACCGAAGCGACGAAAGAGGCGAGGAAGAAGCAGUGCCAAUUGUGGCGGCAAUAUGUCGAAAUGGGAGGCCCUAGACCCACCGAAGUGUCCGUAACUCUGACCUCUUCUAUAGUUGGUACGAAAACUUCUCGUAUUUAA